UAGGUAAUUUACGUUGAAGCGUGUGAGGCUGGGAGUAUGUUCGAAGGACUUCUUCCAAAAACUUGGAAUAUUUAUGUAAUGACAGCAUCAAAUUCAUCGGAAAGCAGCUGGGCUACGUAUUGUCCUCAAUAUCCAGAUGAACAUAGUACUUGUUUGGGCGAUGUGUUCAGUGUUUCUUGGUUGGAAGACAGUGAGAAACACGAUUUGUAGAUGGAAACCCUGGAGAAACAAUUUCGAGUGGACUCAAACCUUUUCUUCUUUGCCACCAAAAAUCCAAGUUCUUGACCAACGUGAUGCCGAUCUCAAUUAUCUUCAGCACAAGUUUAAUAAAGCACCUAAAGGUUCUAAUGAGAAGAUUGAGGCUCAAAAACGAUUUAACGAGAAAAUUUUUCAAAGACAACGAGAAAAUCUCAAUAUUCAACAAAUUUCAACAAUUUUAUUUGGCCCUAAAAAUGGACAAAAUAUGAUGCAAUAUGUUUGACCUGUCGGGCAACCUCUUGUCAACAAUUGGGAUUGCUUCAAAAUGCUUGUACGUGCCCUUGUUUUCCUAACAAAUUAUAUAUUAUAAUACGUGUGUGUAUAUAUAUAGAGACACACACACAUAUACACAUACACACACACACACAUAUACACUUAUAUGACAGAGCAUAAUAUAAGUUGAACUCAAAUCUAGUUUUAUGUAUAAUAUAAUUUUGUGUAUUUGUUGAUUAGAUGGGACUUUAUGAAGAGCAUUGUGGAAGUUUUUAACAUAUGGAAAGAAGUAUGCACGAGCAAAGGCAAAUAUGUGCAAUUAUGGGAUCAAUAAAGAGAGGAUGAUUAUGGCAUUAACCAAAGUUUGUAAACCAAACUGAUUAAAAACCAUUUACAUCAAAAACUAUUUCAAUAAUAAAUAUUUGAUUUCUAAUUCAA